GUAACCACUCGGGAUAUUUCGCAAUUGUCCGUAAUUUGUUUUUUUUACCGAGGAAGUGGGAGUUUCGGAGUCAUAUUUUCCUCAAUAUUGCAUAAUAAACGAGUGAGUUACGAGUUGGAACAGUCAUAAAGAUACAGGAGGAAAAAGACAGCGUAGUUUUAUACAGGGUGUAGAUGAAAUGUUGAUAUUCUUGAAUACUUCCUCAGUUCCCUUGUUUAGAACGAUGUAGAGGUUCAAGUCCUGACAUGUGAAUUAAACACUCAUGAAUUAGUGAUAAAGAUAUUGAGGCAAAUAAUCUAGUAAUUUAUCAAAAAGAAGUUGUGAUAAAACACUAUACAGUGCAUAGUUCAUAGAUCUCAAGUGGGACAUUGUAAGUGGCGGAUCUUUUGAUAUAUAUGUGAUGCAUGUGAAAAUUAUUUAAAUCUAGACGAGAUGAGAUGAUUGUGACUGUUAUGGUGAUGGUUACAAUAUAACGUGGUAGCGGCAGUUCCUGUGAUAGUAUUUCUCUUUUAUUGUUGUUGUUGUUGUUGUUUUAAUGGAGUAUUAAAAUUCUCUAGUCAAUACUAACAAGAAAAAUCUCUCUGAAUCGUACUUGUGCCAGAUUUAUUUGUAUAUAGACUCGUUUUACAGAUUGUAUUAUAAAUCAAAUUUUUGGAUAUUCCUUAGGAAUUGUGAUACAGAAAACCAAAAUGAUAUCCUACUCGUCCAUGAAUAUCACUUGCAACGGGAAGUUCUUAUUCAUCGUGUUUUUGUCGGUUAUGUUGGCAUUCUUUGUUGCCAUGGAUACGCAUCUCUAUUUUACUCUGCAAGAAACAUCUCUAGUUAAACAGGAUCCACCCGUGCCAGGAUUUUUCUCGCCUUUCAAACCAUUGAGCAUGAAACUGCUAAUGACAGACCCUGUGAACCAUUAUAUCACUGGGCCGACGGCGGAAUAUUUUGACGAAAUUACGCACUUCAGCAAAGUUUUUUAUUUCAUUACACCUAACAUGAUCAGCAUUACACAUGUCACAGUAAGCCUGAUAUCUGCAAAAAUGGUGUCAUCCGAACACUUAAGUACGAGACGAAUUGCGAUACUUUUGUAUCAGUUUCGUUCCUGGUUGGACGAUUUAGACGGAGUUGUGUAUAGGAGUCAUACACACACAAGAGGAAUGUAUGUAUCAAAUCACAACACAUUCGGAUAUUACGUAGACAUUUACAGUGAUAUAAUUGGCGGGGUAUUUUUGAUGAUUGGAAUUUUAUUCAGUCUCUGGAAAGUUUUACUACCUGCAAAUGGCAGUACCUACACAGCUUUGCCUUUGACAAAAUCAGACAGUGGUUCAACAAGUCCGGUGCCAAAUAACUCUCCAAAUAAGAAAUUUAACUUCAAUAUUUUGAAUGUUUUUACUGGCUAUGAUCGUCACGGCGGUGUUGUAUUAACUAAAAAGUACAUCUUUUUGAAAUGCCUGAGUGUUGGCUUGAUGAUUGCGGUAGCCAGCGGUUCAUGGGACAAGUGUGUGGAACGCUACACUGAAGUCUUCCAGACUGAUCUUUCUGAUCCCAAUCUUACACAAAUACAAACUGAGGCCUUGCAUUCAGGAAGCACAUGGCUUAUCAUAUACUUGUGGAGGCUCUGGGAAGGGCAGGCAGUCCUUCAAAUGGUGUGUGUGGCAGUUUUCAUUGAUAGAAUAUGGGAGUUCCUGAAUUUGUUCACCUACCUUGGGUACAUAGUUGUACUUACUAUCAACAUUCUUAGUUAUAUUCAUCUUUAUCAGGUAAGAUCAGAAUUACAGAUGUAAUUGUAUGUGUGCUAAUUGUUAAAUCAGCAGAUUAAAUCAGCUGUGUGACGACAGACUGUAGAAUCCAUUUAAAUCUAGAAUGAAACAGCAGCAUUGUAAGUUCUAGGAAUUCACUGGGAGUAUGAGGAUUUGCCUUUCAACCUGAUUAGGAUGUUUGUGUUAUUCUUCGAAGAGAAAUACUGAACCUGAGAGUGUAGUAAGUUUGAAAACCGCUAAUUUUCAAAGAGAUGGCAAUAUACGUUUUGGCAAUACGCGCACGCACGACAUUUGGGAGAAUGUGAUCUCUAUACAUCCUGAUCAAGCUAAAGUUUACGUUAUAAGUGAAAGUUAGUGAUUUAUGCUUCCAAAAAGCAACCUGCGUCCUUGAGAGAUGUAUUCCUGAAAGUUGACAGGGAAAUAUGAUUUCCAGUGGUUUAUAUAUAACUCAUUAUUGUUUGAUGUUUGAUGUAUAUCCGCCGUGUGAAACGCAAUACUCUGGUCUGCAAUCUAGGCAAUUUGAUUUUCAUAAGAUUUUUUGUUUUGGUUUGAUAUAUGAACAUCCAAGGUUCAAUAAAGGUGUUUUAUUGCCUAUUGGUUUUGAAAUGUAAUCCUCAACAGAAAACUUAAGUUCUUUCCAUAAUUUAUAACCAACUUGUUAAGAUUAAUAAUAAAAGACUUUCUACAAAAAAAAGUUAUUUUUGUUUGGUAAUAUCAUUUUUUGUUUCGAGUUUUAAGAUAUUUUAUUCAAUAAAUUACUUUUCUAACGUAUCUUCAGAUAGUACUGGUUUAGUUAAUGUUAGAAAACAAGCACUGGUUGGGCUGAUAACUCAAAAUUAAAUUACUGUUUUUUGGUAUAUUUUUUUAGGGGGGAUGGGGGAGUGGGUGUGAAUAGUUUAAGCAUAUGUGUUCUAAUUUUACAGUUCUACACAACAAAACAAACAUCAGCUCUACUUUUCUAGUGACACCACUAAAGUUAUUUUUAGAAACAGGACAUGUUCUAUAAAGGGGCCCAGAAGGGGGUACAAAUACUUCGUCUUUUUGCCUAGAGACAGUUACUACUGUAGAUAAUAUUGGCAACAGAUUUUUUUCUUCAUAAAAAAGAAUACAGUAGAAAAUGUGACUGGUAAUUUUUAUUUUCAAGUUGUCACAAUAGUUUCAUUUACAUUUUAACCAUUUAUUUGAAUUUAUUUACUUAUGAAUAAAGCGUAGCUAUCAACGUGCCAACUAUGGUCAGGUAUCCCUGUAAAAUGUGAAAAUGACAGUGAAUCGCAUAGGUAUCACUUAUGACUGGGCUUGUGUCUUACCAUUCUUUGUUAGUGCUGUCAUAUUGGAAGCGCAUUAUUUUAGAAACCCACAGACCCUUCACAAGACAGCAGCUUGCACAUACGUUUUGGCAGUAGAUUCACACCCCCCCCACACACACACCAUACAGACCUCCUGGACAUUCUGACAGUGAUCUUUGUUAAACAAAACUUCAGAUUCAUUGUGCAUACAUUAAAUACUCGUACAAUAAAUAGACAAGAUUUUCAGCAGUUACAGUGUUGGAAUGUUUCUAAUCGAUGGUGAACUUGAUUGUAAGAAAGAUACCAUAUAAUGGGUUAUUUUUACUGUUGUAAAAGUUUACGGAUUUGGGGUAAAAACACAUGAUUUUAUUUUAUAUGAUUUUAAAAUUUACGAAAUCACCAGAUCUACCAGUUUACUUGACUUUAUGUGGCGAAUUUAUACGAGGCCAAUAUUUACGAAUCUGAUUUGGUCGUAAAAAAUAGUAAAAAUUAGCAGCAGGUAAAAAAUACCAGUUAUACGGUAUUGUACACGAAAGUAAAACUGUCAAAAUUAAAAAAGUACUGCUCUGUUGAAAUAAGAUACUGUCAAACUUUGUUUUCUCAAACUUGGAUAAUUCGAACACUGCCUUUAAUUAGAACUGAUCGUCAGGUCUCAGCAAAAUCCCCAUGUAAUGGUCAUUGUUUGCUGGCUUGAACAAUUGAUAACACAAACAAAUUUUGCUGGUCCCAUCAAGUUUGAGCGAACAAAGUUUGACCUGUACAACUUAUCAUAUUUCGUAAGAUUUGAAUUUGACAUAUUGUUUAUUUUAAAAGAUAACAUUAUAUUGAAAAUGUAACUUAUUUCUAGAUAUCUGUAUAAUUGUCACACUGCAAGGAUACUUAUGUUAAAUUUAGUGCUUUUAUAAUAGAUUAUUUUAAGGUAGUUCUGCACGUUUUGAUUAUUUGGAAGUACCCGGUAAUGACGAAGUGUCAUUUAUCAGGAUAGCGUAGAAUAAGGCAUAAAGGACUCAGCAUAUGGAAACGAAAAUUAUUUAUGAGUAAAUGGUAACCUGUAAGUAAAAUUAUGAAAACAGCAAGGUUACUACCUUUUCUUGAAAUAAAAUAUGAUUUUAAAAUGUUUGAUACCCUAAAUAGUUCCAAAUGAUGUCUCAAAACCAGCUAGAACUGUAUGAAUCUCUUUAAUCUUGGUCAGAUCCUAAAAAUGAGCACACCGAUUUGUACAUUUUAUUUCACUGCAUUAUAGCCAAUAUGUUAGUUUACAAUCUUGAGAAGUUUCAUUAAAAUCUACAUUGUACAAAAAAUUUUAUUCGCGAAGAUGUCAUCAAUAUUGUGAUUUUUCCGUAGACUCCCAUUAUGAAAACUUGUGUGGGGUCUAACUUUUUCAAAUCAUUCUAGCAAAAAAUCAAGCACACUACCCGGUCUUUUUUACUUGCCGCAUUUUCUAAUUACAUUCUGAAGUUUUGAAAAAUUGUUGAAUCAAAUUCUACAUUGUACAAAACAUGCUGAUCCAAAUGUGCAGAUCUACUUUAAUAUUAAAAAAAAAUUCAGUAUAAAAUAUAGGUUAGAUAUCUUUACUAUAGAGACUAUUUUUACACCUUAGAAUACUCUGUUUUCUAUAUUAAAAACAAAUAGUAGAAAUAUGUUAAGGUUUGUAAAUAUUUUGAAGAGCAAAAGAUGUUUAAUUUGUCUUCCUGUAUUUAUAUGGUCAUUUCCCUGCCAAAUUCUUUUUAUGUUGCUGCGUUAUGAUCCCCAAAGAUGCUAUUAUUGUCCGAUCCACCAAAUCUGUAACAUGAAAUUUCAUUGACUUCUUUAUUUUGUUAUGUUCAAAUUAAGUUUAUGCAUCUUUUUACAGGUAUGAAGGGGUGAUAGUAGGAACAUCUUUAAUUUUCAGGAUAUCUUGAAUGUUUUAAAAAAAAAUUGUGGACAAAAAUGUAAUUUUUGUUGGAAAAUCCUUGACUGUAAUUUUAUCAAAUUUAUACACACGUUUGUUGCUUUUAUGCUAAGAUAUUCUGAAAGUUUCUUCAGGUAGAAAAUAUGCACACCAAUGUAAAAUUAAAAAAAAAUAUUUAGAAUGGCAUAAUGUUCAAUAGAAGAUACCUUUUCAAAUUUGUUGUUUACAGUAUUUUCAGACUUACUCGAGAUAUUUUUUAUAAAUUUAAAAACAUUUCUUUAAAAUGGAAUAUAACAUCAAUGAUACUGUCUAAUUUUCAAAGUGAAAGAAAAAUCUUUUUACAGAAUAUGAUAGGAAGACAGCAGUUCAUUUACAGACCUAUCCUUAAAACAUUUUCACCUACCUGUACAACUGUUAAUGAAUAUUGAUUGUCCACUGAAGUGUUCAUAUUGUGAUACAAUGUGAAACUUUAGAACCACCUACUUAGGUAGGUUGCCUGAUGCCUUUCGUAAAUAUUUCACUAAGUAGUGAUGUUUCCACCCAAAAACUUUUCUCAAGGUUGAUAUAAUGAUGACUUAUUAGCAAAUUUAUUAGUCACAUUCAUAAUUUGAUGUUUUGUACAAACAGAAAUUCUUGUCAAAAUUAUCAGAGAAGUUAUAUAGUGUUACCCUAUUUAUGAUAAUGUUAUUCUCUCUGUCAUUUAAAGUUUGUUUGCUGAAGGUUUUUCACACAUUCUCAACAUUUGAUCUCAGAGCUUGAGCAGUUGGACUUGUGGGAACUGGUGAAUUACAGCAGACUUUAUUGAAAAAUUAAAAUGUCCACAAAGCUCUACAUGUGACUUCACUAGACUAGUUUAAAGCACUACGACCAGCAGAACAGCGUCUUAACAAAAAGCAUACUUAGAAUAAGCCUUUCGUUACUAAGCAUUCGAAAAGUAGUUUCUGUUUAUAAUAAAAUUUAUGUGAAAACUACGCAAAAAGAAAACCACAUUGUUUCACCGUUGGAUUGAAGUUGGCUAAACUCGGGUUAUUAACAUUUUUGUUACUUUAAUUGUUUCAUCUGUUAUCAGUUGUUAAUUGCUGGUAUCUUAUAUGUUUGUUUUAUUCAGUCAAAUCUUUUGGUGCCAUUUGUAUACUAAAUCUAAAUACAGUUUAUAUCAUUCUUGGAAAUCGUUAUAAAUGCUGUGGUGGCCAUUGUUUGAUCCACUUCUUACAUAAUAAGAAGUUUUUUUCUUUUUAACUUUUCUUUAAAGAUGUUAAAGAUGAAACUACUCAUAUUGUAAAUCAUUCUCAAAAACUCCAUGGCAGGUAAUAGGAACUUCUUAAAUUGAUUUUGACAAGGUAUUUUGUGUUAUAUAUUUCACCCAUUUCGGAUUCCAGAAUUUUUUUAUAAUAAUUUUUGCAAGUUUAGCUUUGUUAAUGGGUUGUUUUAAGAUUUCAGGAUGUCUUAGAUAGCAUUAAGCAACAUUCCAUGUAAAAUGUGGUACAGUUUUGAAAAAUAUUUUUCCAAAUUUUUCGUGCUAGAAUUUUAUACAUUUUUGGACAUAAAAGUCAUCUUUAGAUUUCAGAAAGUAUCUGUUAUCCUCUUGGAAAAAUUUAAAAGAAUGAAUAAUUCCUACCUGGAUCUGGCAUAUUAACCUUAAGCCUGCUGGUUGCAAGUGAUUUUGCCUUUGUGACCAGUGCAUGUCCUUGCAGGCUGAUCAUGGUCUGGGCUGUUCGUUAUUCAGUCAGUGAAUUUUCAGUAAACACCCCUUUGAAUAAUGAAUAGUACUGCUCAAACUGAAUGAUUGACCAGUCCAUUUUAGAAAUUUAGCAGGGUAAAAUUAAAGCGAAAAAGAUACAAAAAUGCUCAGAGUUACGGAUUUGUUGGAUUAAAGCUACGUAAACUGGUACGAAAGCUUUAAGCAUAGACAUACUCUGUGUAGUUUUUGUUUUUCAUUUUGUAUUGCAGUCUCCCUUAAAUCGACUUGGUAUGGUUUUAUAAAAUAGAAUAACAAAUUGAUUAAUUGUUUGUACGCAAGUGAUGAUAUCAUGAUAUAUGGUUCUGUUUUACAUGCUGCGAUGUAAUUUUUGUAUAAUUGAUAUGAAUGACACCAGAUUGAUGCAAUAUCAGAUUCUGUGUUUUUUUUAUGGAAGGGUAAUAUUUAAAUAUCUUGCUUUUACCGCAUUUGUUAAGAGUAAAGUAUUAGUGUGUUUUUUUAUGUUCAAUGUCUCACAAACUGUAGCCAGUCGACAUUUUGUAUUGUUGCUUUUUUGUAUUUUUGUUGAUUUUUCUUUUAUUAUUUCUUUAAUAUAAUUGUUUAUGUAUUCAGUUUAAAACUGGCUUAUUAAUACACAUUAUGACAAGUUGAUACCUCCUCAAAGCUUAUGGGUAAUGUGUUUUACCCAUUAGACAAUGUUCUGCAUACAUUCUCAAAUUAUUUUUGUAUUUCUUCGCAUGUAUAUGAGUUUAUUGCUUAGGCCUAAAAAACAAUGUUUGUUUUUCGGUAUCCUGACCUACCCUAAAUUUUUGGCCUGAAAUGUUUUUAUGGCCUUGGAGAAAUUUUUCAGAAAAAGUUUCAAAACUGCACUUUUUAUGCUUUAAACAUGGUCAUUGAUGUUAGAAAUCAACUUACUGAUGCUCUAAAGGCAUAACCCCCUUACUUGUAUUCAUUUUUUGACACAAACAUCAUUUCCGAAAAGUCCCACUUAAGGAAAAAAAAAAUCCAAAAAAAAAAUUACCAACCUACCUACCCUAAUUUUUUUUAGCAUGUUACCAGAAAUAAACAUGAGCCGUGCCAUGAGAAAACCAACAUAGUGGCUUUGCGACCUGCAUGGAUCCAGACCAGCCUGCGCAUCCGCGCAGUCUGGUCAGGAUCCAUGCUGUCCGCUUUCAAAGCCUAUUGCAAUUAGAGAAACUGUUAGCGAACAGCAUAGAUCCUGACCAGACUGCGUGGAUGCGCAGGCUGGUCUGGAUCCAUGCUGGUCGCAAAGCCACUAUGUUGGUUUUCCCAUGGCACGGCUCGGUCAUUUUUUUUAGGCCUUAGUAUAGAGCAGCGAUUCUAUUUAAAUUUCUUUCUUUUGUAGAACAAGAAACACUCCAUUGUUUUCAUUUAUGUAAUUUGAGGUAGUGAUAUGAGGUAUGAGAGAGCUUUUUGGAGGCCACCUACUUGAAAUGUGCAACCAGAAGUUUUAGUUCUGUUUGGUGCCAUAUAACCUGUACUGUGUUUGAGUACUUUAUCAACAAAAUCAAUCCAUUUGCAGAGUUUCUAUAGAAGAUAUCACUAUCCACUAUCUUAAAGCGGAGCGGUGGUCUAGUGCUUAAGGUGUUGGCCGCUCAAUCCAGGGCUCAUGGGUUCGAGCCCCACUGGGGUCACAACCAUGCCUUCUCAUAUGACACCAUUACUGGUUUUUCCAGGAAGCGGACUCGAGAGUGGUUCAAAUAAGUUUGAAGCUUUCAUCACAGUCUAGUUAAAAUAAAUUAGUAUAAACAAAACUAAACCACCCAGUAUGUUAAAAGAAUGUAUUCAAAAUUAAAUUAAGUGAGGGGGUCUCCGUGACCAAAUGAACCACUUGCGCCUCACAUAUUUUUGUUUGAAAGCUGAACCUAAAUUAUAUAUAGCCAGUAAACUUAGAGUAUUAAAACUUUAGACAUUUGUUGAUUAACAGUGCCUAUCUUACUAGGCCAGUUAAGAUUUUUUCCAGAGCAGUCGAUUUCUUCUUCAGUGGAAUGAAUGUUUUGUAAAUGCAUUUGAAACUCCAUAUGUCAAAUAUUACAAGGUUUCAAGCAUUUUACUUUGAGUAACUGAAAUUCAACUUAAAAAGUUGGGUUUUUUUUUUAAACCCGCCCGCUUAGCUCAGUAGGUAAGAGCGUUGGUCUACGGAUCGCGGGGUCGCGAGUUCGAUCCUCGUGCGGGGCGCAUGUUCUCCGUGACUAUUUGAUAAAUGACAUUGUGUCUGAAAUCAUUAGUCCUCCACCUCUGAUUCAUGUGGGAAAGUUGGCAGUUACUUGUGGAGAACAGGUUUGUACUGGUACAGAAUCCAGGAACACUGUUAACUGCCCACUGUGACAUGACUGAAAUACUGUUGAAAAACGGCGUUAAACCCCACAAAAAAAAAAAACAAUAAAAAGUUAUUUUGUGUAUUUUGGAUGGAACUUGAAAAUGUCUUAGAAAUAGCCAGAAUUUUGAGAAAGCGAGUUCGAGAUAUUAAUUUUCAACUGUAUAAUGUUUCUAGGUCAUUGGUCAUUUGCCAUUAUUUCAUGUAGAUAAGCAAAGAACAUGUAAGACCUGAUUUAAGUAUCUGUCAGCACUUUUAAAUGUUGUUACAUGAAUACUGUGCUCUCCCUAUAAGCUCUGUUAAGGUUACUGUAAGAGCACUAGACUGUAAAUACAGAGAUAAGAGUGUUUGGUCACCCAGGCGUAGUGUAUGUUUUCUGCGAUAAAUUGACAGAAGACAAGGUCUGAUGUCCUUUAUCCUGGAUUUUUAAUAAUAAAGAGAAGUUGUCAGUUACUAGCAGAGAACAGCACAGUACCAGUGCAAAAAUCCAGGAUCACUGAUCCUAAAAACUGACAGCCAUUACACAAUUGAAAUACUCCUGUAAAAUGGUGUUGAAUACUUUAAAAAGACAAAUUUGAAUACUACAUGGUUUUGGAAUUUUUUUCACUCAUUUAAAAAGGUUUCCAUUUUGAUGCUUUUUGUGCUUCCACAAAUUGAUGACAAUCAAGCACCUGUCUAUGUUUACAACAAGUUACAUGUAGUUCAUUGUUCAGCAAUUAUCAUAUUUUUACUGAUAUACGCAAAUUAAGUAACAUGAAAUAUAGGUUAUAAGCUCUGUUAUGAGAAAUAUAUACGAGCUCUGUAGCAGAAAACGCUAUUAUAGUUGAAACUCUGUAAUGCAUAUUUUCAAGGAAUCAAACAUUUUACUUUGAGCUAAAUGAAAUUCGAUUAAUAAUGAUGUUUGUGCAUGAGAUUUCAAAUUGGGACUUGAAAAUGUCUUCCAAAAAAGUAGAGUUUUGAGAUUAAUAAGUUCAAGAUAUGGAACUUCAACUAUAUAACGUACAAUGAUUACAGCAUUAUACAGUGAAAGAACGAGCUCAUAUUUCUCAAUACAGUGAUAAGAGAUUUGAUAAGCGAUUUUUUUUACAUUCACACCUAUUAUACGCAAGCUAUCGUUCAAAGCGCUCACAACAUUGAAAUAAUUUUAAAAUAAGACAGCUGUUGUAAAGAUAAUGGGAUUUUGAAAUUUAAGAAGAUGGCUAACCACCAAGGCAUAUUUUGUGUUUCCAGUCCUUGUGCACAUAAUAUUAUAUUGAAAUAUGUGUGUUACGAGUGAGGUUAUAUGUGUUUAUAUGACUGACAGGUCAUCUUAUGUCAGAUUUCAUUUAGUACUAGUAUGUGAGAAUUGUAAUUUUGGUGCAAAUUUGUAAAUUUUAAGUGUGGCAUAUUCUUCAUCAUUAUCAGUAACAUCAUCCUCAUCAUCAUCUGGAGUAUAUUUUCUACAAAUUUUGUCAUUUAUAAUUACAUGACGAAAACAAUAUUUUCGUUUCUCUGUUUUCUGUUUUUGUUGAUGAUUGAAAUAUUAACCCAGUGAAUUUACAUAUAUAUUACUUGUCAUGACUAAUUUUAUCUGUGUGUGUUAUUAGACAGGGUUUUAGGGUAGCAAAAUUAAAGUGUUACAUAUAAUUAUAUACUAUCAAAGGUUGAAAUUGAUAUUUUUAGAAAAAAUUUGUUAUUUAACCUUUCGAGAUGCUUGUCAAGAAUUUUUGACUUUUUGAUCAAGAAGUUUUAACAGUUCUGGUAUAGAGAAGUUAUAUAUGAUUUAUUUGUCAUCAAUAAUUGUGUUCAGAUAUAUUGAAAACAUUACUAAGAAUGUGUCUAAUUUGCCUAUAUGAGCCGCGCCAUGAGAAAACCAACAUAGUGGCUUUGCGACCAGCAUGGUUCCAGACCAGCCUGCGCAUCCGCGCAGUCUUGUCAGGAUCCAUGCUGUUCGCUAACAGUUUCUCUAAUUGCAAUAGUCUUUGAAAGCGAACAGCAUGGAUCCUGACCAGACUGCGCGGAUGCGCAGGCUGGUCUGGAUCCAUGAUGGUCGCAAAGCCACUAUUUUGGUUUUCUCAAGGCACGGCUCAUAUUAGAAACUGUAACAUGGUAUCUCAUUAAAAAUGUAUUUAAUUUGCUUGUCAAAAUAUGUUGUUAGCAAAAUUGAAUUAAAAGUAGAAUUCUUCAGCGAGAGAUUUUGUUUGAAACAUACUUUUUUCGAUGAAAAUGCAUAAAUGUGCAGAAAUAAUUACUGCGAAUACUUUUUUCCCCCUUGACGGAAGUUUUUCCAAGCUAUUGUAAAACAUGUUAUUACCUGUUGCCAGGUGAUAGUUUGCGCUAUUGACCAGUAUAUAGUUCAGCACAGGUUUUGCUGGGCUAAAGACAAAACUUGUGGAAAAAAUUGAAAUAUGUUUAUAAUGUCGUGUAAUAAGACACUUAAUUGCUUACCGGUCAGUAGUCAAAACUAUUAGCUUUCCAUCCUUUGGACCUUGGGUAAAUAGUUUUGACUAUUGACUGGCAAGUCGUUAGAUAUGAGUAUAAUCUGUCUCUGCAAGGCAGUGGAGUAAUUAAGUACUUAAUUUCAACAGCUAAACUGUGGAACUAUAUUUUGUUUCUGUUCAUAAUGAGUGCAGUGUAAUUUGAAAUGGUUAAAAAAUAUAUGGUCUGAACAGAUUUAAUUUAUGUAAAAACUUUCAUCCGGGCUACCAUUUUGUGAAAUUGACAGGUAAUAUAGUUCAGAAAUUUAACCAGUAUGACAGUUUAUCAUGACAUAUUGUGCUUGCCUGGUUUGUUCACAGUACAGUAGGCGGAGCACAAAGCUGUCGGUCCAAAGGUCACCAGUCUGAUCCUACGUAGAAGGGUUUUUUCAUUAUGACAAUUUUGCAGUAGAUGGUACGCCAUAUUAGUCAUUUGUCCUUCAUCCUUCAUGCCCUAUUCUAGUGGGGAAAUUGCCAGUUUCUUGCAGAGAACAGCUCGGUACUACUUUUGAAUUCAGGAAAACUGAUUAGUUUCAUUGAUUUCCAUUACGCAACUGAAAUACUGUUGAAAAGGGGCUUUAUACCUACAUCAAAAACAUCAUAAUAUGAGCCGUGCCAUGGGAAAACCAACAUAGUGGGUUUGCGACCAGCAUGGAUCCAGACCAGCCUGUGCAUCAGCGCAGUCUGGUCAGGAUCCAUGCUGUUCGCUAACAGUUUCUCUAAUUAAAAUAGGCUUUGAAAGCGAACAGCAUGGAUCCUGACCAGACUGCGCGGAUGCGCAGGCUGGUCUGGAUCCAUGCUGGUCGCAAACCCACUAUGUUGGUUUUCUCAUGGCACGGCUCAUAUAUUUACCAAAUAGGUACAGCAUAAUGCAUUACGUUUAUUUAUUUGUAAUUAUGCCUCCAUUCGAGGAAGCAGGGGUAUACUGCUUUGCACCUGUCGGUCAUGUCGUUCCAUCUGUCCGUCUAUCGGUAGAGCGAAGGGUUUCCGCUAAAUAACUUCAGCCAGAACAUUCAAACUUGAUAUCAUGAUUGGGCUUAAUAAGAAGAUAACCCCUAUUGUUUUGGGAUCAAGGUCACAGGGGUCUGAACCGUGAAAACGGUUUCCUCUUGAUAACUUCAGAACCACUUGACCCAGUCGUCUUCAAACUUCAUAGCAUGAUUGAGCUUAUGAAGAUAAUGACCUGUAUUGUUUUUGGGGCUAGAAGGUCAAAUGUUAUGGUCAUAGUGUUCAUGGGACUGAAAAUGGUACAACAUCUCUUGUUGUUCAAUUGAAUCUUAUGUGAAAAUUAAAAUGUCAUUUAGUAUGGUCUUAAAUACUGCUUUGGUUACAUGAAUUUGACCAAAACUUUUCGAGUUUUUUUUUCUUGUAGAAAGAAUUCUUAAUUGUAUAGAAAUUGACUAGAAGCAGAUAUUAAUAUCUGUUUAUCUAAGUUUUAUAUGAAUUUUAUAAAAAAAUGUUGGAAAUGUUGUUAGUACAAAUGUUGGAUUGGAACUAAUAUGUGUUAUUGUUAAAGCUAGUUGUAAGAAGCAUCUCUUUCAGAAGUUGAUAUUUAAUCACUCUUGAUAGAUAUCUAAAACUUUGUAAGCUUUAGUAAAUAAAUGAUUUUAAUGUGAA